UCAAAGUAUACCUAAUGCGUAAUUUCGUUGCGUAGUUUUAUCAUUUAAAAUAAUCGUAAUAUACACCCAUACGUUUUUAUAGGAAAAAGAUUUUUCAUGCUAUCAGUUUGGAAAGUAAACAUUCCUGUCCGCUCCCUGAACGACAGUAUUAACCUCUGAGUAGCUGUAGAAAAAAUCUAGUCCUCAUGGUAUCAUGAAUUGGAGUGCCACUAAUCCUUAUCAAAGCGGACAAAACUAUGUACCAGUCAGUAACAGCGUUCCAACACAACCAUCAAACGUAAAUACCACUGAAGCUACAUUCGGCCCUCAGCAGCAGAAUGGAAACAAUCACUCAGCUGGGGAUUCAGCGGGAACUGGUCAGCGUGCGACGACGAAUGAACCACCAAGACAGUUUGUGGGACAGAACUGCCAGGAGAUGCAUUUGAUGCAAGAUUACGAAACUAUCUUGCUAGAACCACAUCGCAUGCAAACUCUCUUGACAGCACAGAUGCAAUUCAAUGCAAACCGUGCUAUGAUAGAUGCGAUUCACAAGAUCAAUUUGGAAGCGAUUCAACAUCAACAGCUCGCUUUAUCUAACACAUUCUCGAUAGCGUGUCCUUCUUCAACAAGCGCAUCUUCUUUUGCAUUCAGCAACAGAAUCCCACAGACUUCUCAAAUCUUGUCGUCUUUCUCACCAGUCGUGCUCAGUGCUAAUACACACGCGACUGGUAGGACUGCUCCGUUCUUGUCGACAUCUUAUCAGCCCAAUCAUCAAGCACCAAUGUCCAGUCAUCAAGAAAAAAGUUUUGACCCCAUGCAACGAGUCAACGUAAAUAGAUGCUCGUGCACGCAACGAUUUAAUAACGCUGCUUUUUCUGUACCCGCAACUCAUCAGUCUAUGCAACAAAAAACAGUUGUCAAUCCAAUCCAACAGAUGAACCAGAACAGAUGUACGUGUACUCAGCAGCUCAACAAUCCCGGUUUUGCAGUUUCUACGACUUCUCAGCACGAGCAUCAAGCACCAAUAGUGAAUUCAGGGCAACAAAUAAAUAAAAAUAAUUGCUUGCCAACGCAACAAUCUAGUUGUAAAACUUUUUCUAUGCCUGCAGCCCAUCAGUCCAAUCAUCAAGAAAUAAUUUUUAAUUCUAUGCAACAAAUGAACUCACAUAGGUGCUUGUGUAAUCAACAAUUCAACAAUGUUGCUUUCCCUGUACAUACAGAUUAUGCGUCUGGAAGUCGGAUACCAUUUGUUGGUUUGGCACAUCCAAUCAACGCGAACGGGUACCUACCAACUCAACAAUCUGAUAAUAAUACUUUAUUCAGGCCUACUGCUCUUCAACCCGAUACUCGGAUACCCGUUAUAACCCCAAUACCUUUAAAAAACGUAGAUGGUUGCCUGUUAAGUAAACAAUCUGAAAAUGGGGCUUUUUCUAUGCCUAAAGCUCAUCAACCCGAGCACCAAAUACCAGUUAAUGAUUCGGCCCAACCACUUAGUACAAAUGAGUGCCCACCAGCACAACAAUCAAACAAUGAAGGUUUUUUCAUGCCCACGGCUCAACAAUCUGAACACAAGAUACAAGUUAAUGACCCAACGCAACCGAACAAUACAAAUUGGUGCCCACCAGUUCCACAAAUUGAGAGUAAAGUUGUUUCCCUGCCUACAGCUCACCAGCCUGGGUUUCAAAUAACAGUUGAUGAUAUGAACGUGAAUGGGUGCCAACCAAUCGAGCAAACUGAAAUUGGAGCUUCUUCUGCGCCUACAGCUCAUCAACCCGAGCAUCAAAAUCCAACACUUCAAUCGUCAAUAUCACCAAACGCAAAUGGAUGCCCACCAACUGAAGAUUCGAACAGUAAAAUUUUUACAACACUUGUAGCUCAGCAACCUGAUUAUAAAAUACCAGAGUUUGAUCCAAUGCAAUUUAUUAACAUAAAUGAUGAGCCACCAGUACAACAAUCCAACAACCAAGGUUCUUCAAUACCUCCACCUGGUCCGCCUGGUGAUCAAGUUGUGGUUGUUGAUACGACACAACAGGAGAAAACUAAAAGGUGUAAAUCAACGGAACCGUCUAAAAUAAUAACUCUGCCUGUGGCUAAGUUAGUGAAAACUGAGGAACAGAAGACAUUUAUCAAUAUGUUUCAACAACCCAACAAAAGAAAGGGUUUUAUAACUCAAAGGUUCUACGGUACAAGUAAGAAGACCGCACCUCAGGACCAAUCGGUAACAGAGACUCGGAACAUUGGCAAGGCUCAUCCUCAUAGCGAUAAAAGCAGCGACACAAGCGAUAGUGGGAAGGGACUGACCACUAGUAAAGAUAAAAUUCAAGACUUCGAUGAGAAGUCUCGAUCCAUAGAACAGGCAGAAAAAAGCAACACGGCUGAGAUAAAAAUGAAGCCACAGAUAAGAAUUAUUAAAAAUGUUAUAGUUAAAACCGAUAAAGAUAGUUACGGUAAUAUAUAUAAAAGAGUUGGCAAGGUAGAUGAAAGAAGCAAAGUUGGAAAUGCGUACGACAAGCGAUCGGAUGUAAAAACUGUAGGCAUCAAAGUCAAAAGUAAUGUUUUUCCAGACAUCAAUACAGAGUCUACUAACAAUCAGAAAGAGAAGGUGCAAACAAAAAAAUCAAAAUACUGCUUAUCACUGCAGCCGGCAUUACAAGAUGUUGGAAAAAAGCAUUUGGAUGAAAAAAAAGAUGGAGCCUUGUACAAAAGUCAGCUGCAAUUUAAGCUGGAUAUCAAUAAAACGUCCAAAAAAGAUGAUGUAGAUAGGCAAAACAGACAAGAAGCUUCACUAGAAAAAAUUGAAGAGAGAGAAAGCAGCCACGAUGAAGUCAGUAACAAUGAGGAUGGCAGCAGCGAUGAAUAUGCCGACGCUCAAAAUGUUAAUGACGCCAUCGAUCAUUUUGCUUUCGUUGAUGAUGAUGAUUAUGAUGAAGAUAACAAUAAUCGUAACGGUGAUAACGAUGCUGAUCAUGAUCAUGACAAGGCCAUCAUACUUCGCGAUACCGAAGAUGAUGAUGAUUGUUCUGAAGAAAAGGUGAAGAAAGGCGGUCCUGCCCUAAAACGAAUGAAAACUGACGAUAACAAGCAUCUCCCCAAAAAAAAUGAAACCAAGGAAGCUGCUACUAUGACUGUUGCUCCAAAAAGCACCUCUGCACGUACAACGAAAGCCCCGAAAAUACCAAGCGUCGUAGAGGAGCACAUAGAUUUACUUAAGUUUUUCCUGAAUAAUAUAAUAAAAAAUGGUAGAUGGUACAGUGUAGAUUUAGAUACAAAACAACUGCCCUCUCGGUACAUGAAACACAAGCCUGUGCAAAUUCACACUCUCAAAAAUCUUUUAAGGAGUUCCGUUACGCUCGAUACCAUUACCAGUCUCGGAUAUAGUAGAGAUUUUGCCCAAAGAAUUGUACCAGACAGAAGUACUGUAAAAAGUAAAAAACCAUUAAAGGUAAAGGAAAAUGUUAAGAAAUCCGCGAAUUCAACAAAUUAACUGCAAUCAAGUAUUACUCCAGGUACUUCCAAGAAGGAGGAUUAUUACCAAUUUAGAUUUACUAAAAUAGACUAUAAUGGUGAUGCCGGUGUUGUUGGUAGUCACUACAACAUCAUAGAAGAUACAUCCAAUGUUAAUCCAUCAGAAAAAAAAGGAUAAAGGUUAAAUGAGGACAUAACUACUGUCAGUUGUAAUUUUUUUUUUUUCCCACCAUUUUGCAUUUUAUUAGCCAAGUCAAAGACAAUUGUUUGAAGAGGAAUCACCAUUAUUAUA